GGAGAUUACUCGCCAUGUCCCAACCGUAAAAACCCUAUACCUACCCCUGUCAGGCGGGGGCUCCCCCAAAAAGGGUGGCCAGGCGGCCCAGGCCCUGGGCCGGAGCCGCGGCGGGUCAGCACCAAGAUUCACGUGAGCGUGGACGGCUUGGGCAACCCCUUGCGAUUCAUCCUGACCGCGGCAACAGCACGCUACAUCACCCAGGCGGAGGAGUUGAUCGCCGGUUAUGCUGGCGAGCACGUACUGGCCGACCAAGGGUACGAUGCCCAGGAGUUUCGCCAGCACAUCCUGGAACUGGGUAUGAUGCCGGUCAUUCCGCCCCGCUCGAACCGCAAGGCACCCGCCGACUAUGACCGGCAUCUGUACCGGGAGCGCCAUCUGGUGGAAUGCUUCAUCAACAAGAUCAAGCACUAUCGCCGGAUAUUCUCCCGGUUUGAGAAGCUGGACACCAGAUACCUGGGCUUCCUGCACUUCACCGCCGCUCUCAUCUGGCUACGGUGA